AUGGAAGAAAAGAUCAAGCUCUCAAAGGAGAGCACGGCGGAGAAGGUGGACGCGAUGCAGUACCGGAGCAUCGUCGGCGGGCUGCGCUACCUCACGCACACUCGGCCGGACAUCAUGUUCGCCGUCGGCUACCUUGGCCGAUUCAUGGAGGAUCCGUGUGAGGACCACUCUGCCGCCGUCAAGAAGCUCCUUCGCUAUGUGGCAGGGACCAUUGGGUAUGGCAUUGUGUACCCAAGGCGAAGUGGAGCAAGGCUGGAGCUGACUGGGUUCAGCGACAGCGACAUGGCCGGCGACGUCGAUGGGCGGAAGAGCACGACUGGAGCUCUGUUCUUCCUCGACGGCUGCCCCAUCUCCUGGUAG